AUGCUUGCAAAUUCAAUCACUCAAUUCAGCUAUGAUCCUGAAACUGGUCACACUUUCGAGGCGUGGUUCAAACGCUGGGAAGACGCAUUCCGAACAGAUUUCAGCUGUCAAGACGAUGCAUGGAAAGUGCGCCUGCUGGUCCGAAAACUUGGAACCAAUGAAUACUCCAGAUUUGCUGACCACAUCAUUCCCAAACAACCAAGGGAUUUGAAAUUUGACGAAGAGAUGGCACAAUUAUCAGAAAUAUUUGGUGAGUCAGCUUUACUGUUCGGUAUCCGAUACGAGUGUCUGAAAAUGGUUAAACGGGAUGAAGAGGAUUAUGGCAUGCUUGCUGACAGAGUCAAUCGUCAGUGUGAACGUUCCAAACUUCUUUCAUUGACCGAUGACCAAUUCAAGUGCCUCAUUUUCAUCAGAGCAUUGCAGAACACUGAAGAAGCCGACCUUCGUACCGGUUUAUUAUCAAGACUCGGAUAUGGACAUGAAGUCUCUUAUGGCCGAAUGAAACGUCUUCUUGAAACAGACACUGCGUUGGUCGAACAGAAGAUUUCCAUUGGUCACGUAACUACCUAA